AUGGCGCCGAAGGUUUACUUAUCGAAAGAAGUUUUGAGGGGAUUUGACCAGUACAAGUACAGUUCAGUUGACACCAGUCCUGUUAGUAACUAUAUUACUCAUCCUUUCUGGAACUGGGCAGUCAAGUUUGUUCCACUAUGGGUAGCACCAAAUGUAUUAACUUUAACUGGUUUUAUUCUGCUAUUAGUAAACUUUGCUGUUAUGACGUAUUACGAUGUAGAUUUUACUGCUGCCACUGCUGAACAGUCUGUUCCACCAAAAAUACCCAACUGGGUCUGGCUGUUUGGGGCCUUCAAUAAUUUUUUAGCUCAUACUUUAGAUGGUAUUGAUGGUAAACAAGCCAGACGGACAGGAAGUAGUUCUCCAUUAGGAGAGUUAUUCGACCAUGGUUUAGAUAGUUGGGCUAGUGUAUUACUACCAGUGGCGUUAUAUUCUAUAUUUGGCCGUGGUGCAUAUGGCCAGAAUGUGUUAAGAGUAUACUAUAUCGUUCUUGGUGUUCAGUUCUUUUUUUUAUUGUCUCACUGGGAGAAAUAUAAUACUGGGGUGUUGUUUUUACCCUGGGGAUACGAUAUUAGUCAAAUAGGCAUGACAGGACUGUAUGUCAUUACCUAUUUUUAUGGUGUACAGUUCUGGAUGUUUCGUGUGCCUUAUUUAGAUAUAACUUCUGGUCAAAUGUUUGAAAUUUUAGUCCAUUUGGGAUUUUUUGUGUUGACUUUCCCUAUAACAUGUAUUAAUAUAUACAGGGCAUAUAGAGAUAGAACUGGUAAAAUGAGAAGUUUUAGUGAAGCAGUAAGACCAUUAGUUUCAACUGUUUUAUUAUUUAGUUUAUUUUUACUGUGGAUACGUUACUCUCAAUACGAUAUCCUAGAAAAACAUCCUCGUCUAUUUUACUGGACCACUGGAGCUGCUUUCUCUAAUAUUGCUUGUCGGUUAAUAAUAGCUCAGAUGAGUAAUACUAGGUGUGAAUUAUUAAAUAAUAGAGUUAUUAUAUUGACUAUGAUAGUUGGUUUAGUAUUUAUAGUACCACAGCCUCAAUAUGAACUCUAUUUAUUAUGGUCUUACUGUUUAUAUUCCUCUAUCACUCAUUUUAUAUAUGGUGUUUUUGUGGUGAGAGAAAUGUGUGCCCAUUUUAGAAUCAAUGCUUUUACAAUAACACCCAAGAAGAUCAAAUAG